AUGAAGUUUAGAGGCACACAAGUAAGUUUUUACUUUGUUUUUGCACUGAUAUUACAGCUUGCGAAUGCAAGAAGAAAUCUAAGAGCCACAUCGUUGGUCACUUGUAUGGAAAAUUCACAAGCUUCUGCUAACAGUUUCGAUGUUGUGUUUGACCCGGAUGACAGAUCUUUACAUUACACACUGGACAUGGUUACCACUUUGAACACAUACAUUUACGCAGACGUUGACGUCUACGCUUACGGUUUCAAGAUUAUUACAAAAUCACUGGAUAUGUGUGAUAUAGGCUGGAAACAAUUUUGCCCAGUACACCCUGGUAACAUUGAGAUCGACUCCAUCCAGUACAUCUCCAAAGAGUACGUUGACAUGAUCCCCGGGAUUGCGUACCAAGUUCCAGAUAUUGAUGCCUACGUAAGGUUAAACGUGCGCGACAACAUGUCCACACCACUAGCGUGUCUUGAGAUUUUCUUUUCCAACGGGAAAUCGGUCUCUCAGACUGGUGUAAAAUGGGCCACUGCUGUUGUAGCAGGUAUUGGUCUGUUGUUGUCUGCUGUUUUGUCCACUUUUGGUAACUCUACGGCAGCUUCUCACAUCUCCGCUAACACCAUGUCGUUGUUCCUGUAUUUCCAGUCCGUUGCUGUCAUUUCCAUGCAGCACGUUCAUUACGUUCCACCUAUUGCUGCUGCAUGGUCCGAAAACAUGGCUUGGUCGAUGGGGUUGAUCAAGAUCCAUUUCAUGCAGAGGAUUUUCAGAUGGUACGUUGAGGCAACUGGAGGUACUCCAACACUGUAUUUGACGGCUACUACUAUGUCGGUCCUUACACAAAGAAGUUUGGACUACCUCGACUCCUUCGAACUGACGAAAAGAGCCAAAAACGUUUUAUACGGAAAUCAAAACACUUUGAUCUUUAGAGGUAUCAAAAGACUGGCUUAUAACAUGGGUGUAGAAAAUUCAUCCGUUGUCUGCACAGGUUUUACAUUUUUUGUGUUAUGUGGUUACGUGCUUGCUGGGUUCAUUAUAAUAUGCAAAUACGCGUUUGAGCUUUCUGCCAAGAAUGGCUGGGUCAAACCAAAUAGGUUCAGAGAAUUCAGAGAAAAUUGGAAAAUUAUUUUAAAGGGUUCACUUCUAAGGUACGUCUACAUCGGAUUCACGCAAUUAACCAUUUUGAGUUUUUGGGAAUUUACAGAAGUUGAUUCUGGUGCUGUUGUUGUCAUUGCCUGUUUGUUUUUGAUUUUGUCAGUUGGUUUGAUGAUUUGGGCAGCAUACAGAACAUGCUUCUUUGCGAAAAAAUCCAUUGAAAGUUAUAACAAUGCAGCUGCUUUACUCUAUGGUGAUGAACGUAUCUUACACAAGUACGGGUUCUUCUAUACCAUGUUCAACGCGAAGCAUUAUUGGUGGAAUCUAGUCUUGCUGUCAUACAUGUUCUUCAAAGCCCUAUUCAUUGGGUUUGCGCAAGGUUCUGGUAAAACGCAAGCUUUCGUUACCUGGAUUGUAGAUAUGUUAUACAUGGGUGCCGUAAUUCAUUAUCAACCAUACUUGGACCGCCCAACCAACCUCGUGAACAUUUGUAUGUGUACAGUGACCACGAUAAACUCCUUUCUAUUCCUAUUUUUCUCCGAUUUAUUUGGACAACCGUACCAAGUAUCUGCUAUUAUGGCAUGGGUCUACUUCAUCAUGAAUGCCGCGUUUUCCUUCCUGUUGUUGUUGAUGAUUCUUACAUUUACCGGUCUUGCCUUGUUUUCCAAGAACCCAGAUUUGCGGUUUAGACCAGCUAAGGACGACAGAACUUCCUUCCAGAAACAUCAUGCUACUACGGACAGCGACAUUCCAUCCUCAGUAGCUCAAGAGUUAUUAGCGUUAGGUAAUGUUGCGAAGGACCACGAAGAAAACUGGGAGAAGCACGUUAACAGCUCAAGCCCGUCUGAAAACAUUUUCUUGGGCUCUGAUGAGGAGGACGAGAAGAUCGAGUACAAUGCGUCCAACAACGGUUCGUCGGCACAACUGGGUAGGAAACCCACAUUGUCCGAGAGAAUACUGGGUAAGCUAAGUGGGAGACAUCCAACUUUAAAGGACAGUACAGAUAAAGUGGGCGACAUUACGAACAUGACUUAUGAAUCGAGUGAGUCGUCACACAGAAGCAACAGCGCCCGUAAACCGUACCCAAAUGUGGAAGGUGGAAGACCGGACUCUGCUAUAAAUAACGGCUUGAUAGACUCAUACGAGGCCGAGGAUAGCUUUGGUCUGGAUAAGCCGGCCACUAACCCAUUCGAAUCGAACAGGAAUAGCGCACUUACAGACUCUUCUGCUAUCCAGCGCGACUUGAGCAUGGGAAGUUUGGGCCAAAAUCAAGAUCCCACCCGCUCCACUGACAUUCUGAAAACAAAUUACUUCUAA